AUGAUGAUGAAGGUCGGUCUGGUUCUGUUCUUGAUGGCCUUCACUGCAACUGUGGAGGCUUGGUUCGAUCCAGACACAUUCCUACAGGCUCGGAUGAUGAAUGAGAACGGUGAAGCAAACUACAUGAUCAAGUCAACCACCACAGCCUGCUGCAACAACUGCGCCUGCACCAAGUCAGACCCACCUCAAUGUCAAUGUUAUGAUUUCGGAGAAACUUGUCACUCUGCUUGUAAGGCUUGUAUCUGCUAUGAAUCUUUGCCUCCAAAGUGUCGUUGUCUUGAUACCACAAACUUCUGCUACGAUCCUUGCUCCUCCUCUGCUACUUGA